CAGGUUCUCUUCUUCUGACCUCCCCUUUCCAGCUUUUCGAUGACACAAACGACAAUGCUUCAGUACGAAGCCCCGUGGCCUGUAUAUUCCCUUGACUGGUGCAAAACGCCCUCACAAUCCCGAACAGGUGCCAGGUCAGCCUUCCGUCUCGGAAUCGCGUCCUUCACCGAAGAUUACCGCAAUCGAAUCGCCGUCGUCGGCCUCCAAGACGAACGCGUCCUGGUAGAAGACGAUUACACCGACUAUCCAGACUUCGCGACGCUCGUCGAAGCGAGCCAUGGGUAUCCUGCGACAAGUCUGCAGUGGAUGCCGAGCAGCGGGAGCUCGUUCCAGUGGACGCAGAAGCCUUUGGGGACGGAGCUGCUGGCGACGACGGGAGAUUCGUUGAGGGUUUGGGAGUAUACGGAUGAUGCGCCGUUGCAGACGUCGAAUUUCGUGGGUAGACAGCCUUCGGGUGGACAUCGGCUGGUCUUGAGGGCUUCACUAUCUGGCUCAAAAGUACAGCAGAACCAACACUCCGGGGCGCCACUGACCAACUUCUCAUGGAACGAGAAAGUCCCAAGCUUGAUCGUCACAUCUUCAAUAGACACCACCUGCACCGUCUGGAACAUCGACACCUCCACAGCCCUAACCCAGCUCAUCGCACACGACCGCGAAGUCUACGACGUCGCCUGGCUCCCAAAUUCCACCGACAUCUUCGUCUCCGUCGGCGCGGAUGGCUCCCUGCGCGCGUUCGAUCUCCGUUCCCUCGAACACUCCACCAUCCUCUACGAAACCCCUGCACCGAAGAACCCUCCGAUGCCGACGGCGCCUAGUGCGGGCUCGAGACCACCGACGAGCCCGUUGCUGAGGAUCGCGUUCAAUCCCGCUGAUAAUAAUUAUAUGUCGACGUUCUCGAUGGAUGGGUCGGACGUGCAGAUACUGGAUAUGAGGAGUCCGGGGUCGCCGGUGAUGGAGCUGAGGGCGCAUAGGGCGCCUAUAAAUUCGUUUGGGUGGAGUUCAACGGAUAGUCCACUAUUGGCCACUGCCGCCGACGACUGUCAAGUCCUCCUCUGGGACCUCGCCCCCCACUCCCAAGCACCCGCCGGCUCACCACAGAACGCCUCCUCACGGCUAAGCUCACCACGACCCGUCGACGGCAAGAAACGCGUCAUCUCAGAUCCUGUCAUGGCGUACUCUGCGCCCUCGGAGAUCACGAACCUCGCGUGGUCACCACAUAUCCCGUCGAUGACGAUGAACUCUGGUCUUUCGACGUCCGCAGGGGAGUGGUUGGCUAUUGUGAUGGGGAAGUCGAUCAAGGCGCUGAAGAUUUGAGGACGGCCUUCUUGAGAGCGUGUUUGGCACUUGGGCGUGGGAUGGGGUGGUCGGCUUCGCGAGGGUUGGAAUGCAGAGACAUUGAGGAGGCGGCGACUUGGGCUCGAGUGAAGUGGGGUGAGAUGUCCUGCUGUUGGGAGAUAAGGCCGACAAAUAGGAGGUUGGGCUGGCACUGCGCUUCAGAGCAUAAAAAGCCUAAGCUCGAUGCCUCGUACUUGGAGAUAUCCCUAUAUUCUUCUUGGCAGGGCGUUCUGCGGUCGCGUUCCAACAUCCAAUGUGCGAUUGUCGAGGGAGCUGGACGGCGGGUGGAUGGGCGGAUUGUGUGGAUGAAGAGGUCUAUUUCGGACGUUGCUUGCUCGACGUGUGUAGCUAUCAUAUUUUUUCCCAUUUCUCUCACCCCUCUGCAUCCUGUCUCUUGCUGUGAUUGAUUGUUAUAGGUUGUAUACUAUUGGGCGAAUCAUCUUACAAUGAUCAUCGUUGAUUCC